AUGGCAAAACAAGACUUCUUUAUGUAUUUUUAUUUAUUUUCUGUCGUUUAUUUUCUGCAGCUCUCUUUGUCCUUUGAUCAAGUGUCUGCGGUUGUGGAAAAAAGUUUAGCGGGGCCCACAUCCCAAGAUAUCAGGGUUCAAAACAAUGGGUUGGCUGCCCAGAGCCACAGUGCUGCUUCCGAUGGGGAGAGUUCUUCGCUUAUAGCGGAGGACCCUCUCAGGAGAGUCCUGCAGCCCUAUGAGUGGCAGCUGGACUCCCCACACAGAACCAAACGGAGCCUACUGCAGACAUCCAGCAUUCUUCCUUACUCUCCUCUGAGCGUGGUUUACAACAGCAAAACAUGUAUCCUGUUUAGGGCCAGGAAGCUUGCUAUCAGGUUCAGGAACAGCACCUUAGUGGAUCUCACAGAGAAGGCCUUCGGCCCCGAUGCACCAGUGGACACCAAAGGCUCUAUGUGCAGCAAAGACAAAGCUACGCUUGUACUACGUUUCGGAGAUGUGGAGGACUUGAGAGGACUUGCAAUUAGACUACAAAUGUCCAACACAUUCUAUGAGUCGGCAGGGCAGAACUGGUUCACUCUGGACAGCGUACACAUCCACUACAACUGGACCCACGAGGCAACGUUCAACGCCACCGAUGUUUACGCUCCUAGUACCCACUCCUACCACUGUCAGCACGUCAGCAGUCUGCAGAAGUACGACACGCUGCUCGUACCCAGCUCCAUCACAGACAACUCCGCAAACUGGCACAUCACCUUCACAGACUUCCAGAUACAAUCGUUCAAUGUGCUGUCCAACAAGUUUGGCUCAGCCAGCGAUUGCGCUACGUUCUUCACCCCAGCUAUCCUCAUGGGUCUGAUCACCUCCCUCAUCCUUCUCCUGGUCCUGGCCUACGCGCUGCACAUGGUGGUGCACCUCAAACACAUCGACACCUACGAAGAACACAAGACCACCGUCUACUUCCCCCGCAGCACAGAGACUGCAGAAUGCUCCGGCACCACCAGCUCCGCUGCCACUGAAAAAAACAGCUUGUAGGACUCCGUUUCCCAGGAUCCACCUCAGUCUCCACCACUAGGAGUAUACUGUAAACUGUUUCUGUAGGUGUCAGAGAGUGACUAUGCAGGGGCUCUGACUAUGAGUUCUCUGAUAGCUGGCAGACUGACCGACUGACUGACUAAACUCAAUAUAUAAAGCAACCUCCCAUACUGAAGGGACAGAAAGACAUGGUCAUAUAGUCUGAACCUGAUAUGGUUGUCCACUUUUGCAUCACUGGGCUCAGGCAGUGGUU